AUGUUUGAAGAGAAAUCAAUUUCAGUUGGUACUCUGAUUGUCAGUUCUGCACUCUCGAUGAUGACAGGUGCUGUCUUGUCGAAAUGGCUGAGUAAACCAGUGGUCGCAAAGGAACCUGUCAUCGAAGAAAGCGAAGACGAGAGUGAAGACGAAGAAUAUAGCGAUAGCGACUACGAUAUCGAAGAGGACAAGAGUAUAGGUGCAUGUAAGAUGGUCUUGGUAGUUAGAACCGAUUUAGAGAUGACAAAAGGCAAGAUUGCUGCACAAUGUUGUCAUGCAACAUUAGGAUCAUAUAAAAGAGCAAAGAGAAAUCAGAAAUAUCACAAGAUGUUAAAACAAUGGGAAGUUUUCGGACAAGCUAAAGUUACUUUAAAGACAAACAACGAAAAAGAAUUGAUGGAUUUGGAGAAAGCAGCAAAAGAAGCUGGUCUUCCACAUUAUUUGGUUAUCGAUGCAGGUCGCACUCAAAUUGCAAGUGGAUCACGCACGGUGUUGGCAGUCGGUCCUGCACCAAUAGCCGCCGUCGACAGUGUAACUAAACAUCUAAAAUUACUAUAA